UGGUAUUGUGGUGUAGUGGUAGACAAGUCGACAUUCCAUAAGUCACGCCUUACUACUACCAAUACUUCAAUACUUACCUGUCUUUUGUUUUACUGGCUUCAUAGAUAUCAGAAUAUUUGUGUGUUUGUGUUUUCGAUAAUUAUUUAUCGCGCGCCGGUGCUCAAUACGCAAAUUAGAAUUUCGUACGGGCGUACGGCACUGUAGUAGAAUUAAAACUUGUUUUCCAACAAUCCCCGACGACGACGCGCCUGGAUUUGCUGCCAGCGCACAGAAGCGAUUGUCAGUAGUGCGAUGUGUGCGCUAACAACAAAUUUAUUGUGUUCACUUUUGAUUUUAGUGUAAAACCACCAGAAACAUCAUAAAAAUGAAGAUGUUUACAAUUACAACAGUUUUACUGACAAUUUCAUGUCUGGUGAACACACAAAGUCGUCAAGAAGGUAUUUACAUGGUUAGUAAUUCAGUUGAUCAAUUCGCAACGAAGUUAUUGGACACAACAAGAAGGAAUUUAGAUGAAAGUUUUAAUAUUGCAUUGUCACCGUAUACAAUUUGGACGUUGAUGGCGAUUGUCGCUGAAGGAGCCGAUGGUAACACGUUGAAACAACUUCAGAAUACGUUGACGCUUCCAGAAAGCAUGGCGGACUUCCGGUAUAAUUAUAAACAACUUGCGCUUAAUUUGCUGAAUAAUCAAAAUGGCGUCCAACUAGACAUAACCAACGCCAUCUUUGUUACCAAUCAAUAUCCACUCAACGACACCUUCAAACAAAUCACCAGAGACUCUUAUAAUGUUGAUAUCAACUCUGUGGACUUUUCUGAUAGUGAUAGGACACUAAAUAUUAUCAAUAGAUACAUUGCUGAUGCAACACAACAAAGAAUAACUAGAUUGGUUAAUCCUGAUGAUAUUGAACAGGCUGAGGUAUUCAUGACAAGCGUAUUGUUCUUCAAAGGAAAAUGGCGUUUUCCUUUCAAUAAAACCGCAACAAAAACUGAGAAAUUCUACGCUGAUGACGGCACAACACCAAUUGGCACAGUAGAGAUGAUGUAUCAUUCUGCACCGUUCCCAUAUUCUGCUCUAACAGAACUAAAAUCAUUCGUGGCUGAAUUACCCUAUGGCGAUGGAGAUAAAUACGGAAUGUUUGUGAUUGUCCCGUCGAAAAACGAGAAGCUAAACAACGUUUUAGAUAAACUAAGCAAAAUGGACUUUGGAGUUAUUAUUGAUAGGUUGGCGCAGGCCGCCAAGGAAUAUGAAGAUGAAGAGAUUGAUAUCUAUUUGCCUAAGUUUACGGUUAUAUCCGAAUACACUUUGAAUGUUGUGCUUAAUCAAAUGGGAAUUACUGAUGUUUUCAAUGCCAACAAGGCGCAAAUUAAAGGAAUCACACCGCAUUCUGAUUUGUAUCUGAGUAGAAUGUUACAAAAGGCUACUAUUGAGGUGGAUGAAGAGGGAACUGUAGCUUCAUCAGCAGCAGGUGGUUCCUUUGCGUACAAAACAAUGAAGCCGAAGUUAAUGGCAAACAAACCAUUUGCGUUCUUCAUCGUUGAUAAGUUAACACGCAGCAUCAUCUUCGAGGGUAAAAUUAGCAAUCCAAAAGGUAUUUGUGCCACGUGCACUGGCCUCUAAGUUUCAAGUUUCAAUUUACACAUGAGGCAUGACUAAAAUGUAAAAAAUGAACAGCUAAGAUUAAAUAAAUCGUGUGUAUUGUUAUAAAGUUACCUCUUAGCCAUAGGUUUUAUUGUAUGACUACGAUUUAAAUAAAGUUUAAUUAUUUUAUUGUA